AUGGCUUCGUUUAAAGCAUUGUAUGGGAGGAGAUGUAGGUCACCCAUAGGUUGGUUUGAAGCGGGUGAAGCCACUGUGAUUGGACCUGAUACUAUGUUUGAGGCUAUGAAGAAAGUUAAGCUUAUUCGAGAACGGUUGAAGAUAGCCCAAAGUCGUCAAAAGUCAUAUACAGAUGCGAGAAAAAGAGCUCUUGAAUUUAAAGUUGAUGAUUUGAUUGAAUUGCUUGUCGAGUUGUCAGCUGUCCAUCCUGUCUUUUACGUAUAUAUGCUUAAGAAGCACAUUGGUGACUCUGUUGUUGUUGAUCCGCCAGAAAGCUUUGAUGCUCAGGAUAGCCUUUUGUAUGAUGAAGUUCCGGUUGAAAUCCUAGAUUAUCAAGUUCAGGUGCUCAGUCUCAGCGGCGACGGUGAUUUUCGAGUACCUCCAUCUGCAUUCCUACAAUUGGUGAUUUUCAAUAUAACAAAGUGGAGCAAUUGCUACAAAACAGAGCAAUUGCUGGGAAAAGGAAGAGCUAUGUGUGAUUUGGACUAA